UACUUAAGCGAUCCGGAUUCUGCUGUCAUUUUCGUUCUACUCGAACGCUUCUUUAAUCCUGAAUACACAACCGCCGAAAGAGGGAACAAUUCGUUCGUUGGCAUCCAUUCGCUUUAUCUCUAUGGCAUGGGUGGCUUCAGGUCAUGUGCUCUCACAAAAUGCUGCAAGCGACAGUCUAAUACCUGUGCUUUCACUGUGGGAUCCGCUGCUUUCGACAGCCUUUACGAACGCGUUCUUUUCUGUAGAUACCUUCUUUCUUCUCUCAGGAAUUCUCGUAGGUUACCUAUUCUUCAAAUCCAGACCAUCCCGGCGCUUCGUGACGAGCCCUUUUACCUGGAUAAUGUUCUACGUUCAUCGCUACCUGAGGCUGCACACCUCAAGGGAUUGAUGUCAGUUAGUCUAUUAUCUGUGUGA